AUGAUAACCGAUGUUAAUAUAACAAACCUUACAAUCACAGAAUCAACUCCAGAUACAACCAAUACUAUCACUACUACUACGACAACAACAUCUGGAGUAGUAACAACCGAUACUUCUUCUUCUUCUUCUGUUUCAAACAAGGAGGAAACAAUCACUACAACAACUACUUCUUCUACUACUGAAGUUGAUGGAGAAGACAAUGAAGAUUUAUUAGAAGUAUCUGAUAGACAGUUGGCAUAUGUUCACAAGAUCAUUGACUUGGAACCUAUUGUUGGUGCAGAUGUUAUUGAAAUUGCUACUGUACUUGGGUGGCGUGUCAUUGUCAAGAAGGGGUUAUACAAGGUUGGUGAUUUAGUCGUUUACGUUGAAAUUGACUCUCUCCUUCCACCAUGGAACUACUUUAUCUCUGAUCGACUUGAUAAAUGUAAUUUUAAAAUUAAAACUAUUAAAAUGCGUGGACAAUUAUCUCAAGGAUAUUGUAUUCCAAUUAAAGAAUUAUUAAAUCAUCCACAUAAACAAUUAAAAGCUGUAUAUCAUGAAGAAGAGAAUAUUGAUAGUGGAGUAAAGGAGAUUCACCGAGUUGAUCGUGAAGAGACUGUAUUAAAGAUUGAGAUUGGAUCGAAUGUGACCGAGUUUAUUGGCAUUAAAAAGAUUCAGGAUCAUCAUGGAGGUGGAGGUGGUGGCAACAACAUCUUUAAGCGAAUCAAGAGCAAUGGGAUGUCACCAUUCCCCAGCUUUUUGGUAAAGUCUGAUCAACCACGUAUCCAAAACCUGCCACACUACAUGGAGACCUACGAAGACGUUGAAUUCGAGGUGACCGAGAAACUCGAAGGAUCAAGUAUCACAGCCUACCACAACAACGGAAAGACUGGUAUAUGCUCUCGAAACUAUGAACUCAAGCACACAACAGAGACGGCUGAAUCUGAAAUAUUUACAACUCUUGUUGGACGACUGGAUAUUCUCAAACGUUUGGAAGAGGCCAAGAUCAAUGUCGCCCUGCAGGGUGAAAUCAUCGGACCAAAGAUCCAAGGUAAUAUCUAUGGUCUCCCCGAGACACAGUACAAGGUCUAUGAUAUUUAUUUGAUUGAUAGUAAUAGAUAUGCCACACAACCAGAACGUGUCGAUAUCAUGAACACGAUCGGACUCAAAUGGGACGACCACGGUGUUCCAUUCCUCGGUGUCCACAAAAUCGGUGGCAAGAAACUAUCCGAUAUUUUAGAUAUGGCCAAUGGAUUCUCCCAACUCAAAGGUUCCAAACCAAAAGUAUUACGUGAAGGUAUUGUAUUUAAAUCAAAUACUCUCAGACAUGAUAGAGUCAUUCAUUUUAAAUCAAUUUCAAAUCAAUAUUUAUUAAAAAAAUAA